CUGCUGGUGAAGAAGAACCAGUGCAGGUUUUCAUUAUGCCUGUCACCAUGUUCCGAAGUGAAAAUUUUAAUUACUGCUCAGUGGUCUAAACAUGGCCAGUGUUCCACCCAUAAUGUCACCUCAUAUCCUCCAUGCUGCUAUUUUUUGCCUCCAACUCUCUGUGGAGCCUGUAUUUUUGUGCCACAUAGACACAGUGUAGAACAAACAACUGGAGGAUAUUCCUUUUUUUUUUAAAUUUCAAAAGCUCCCAAGAUCAAUAGCAGCUGCUGUUUUUGGACACAAUGUUUUCGGACAACUGCCUUUUCUGAUCACUCUCGUAAUUUUCUCUUGAGACAACACUGCCUGCUGGCCUGUCAUCCUCUGUUGACACUGGAUAAUUAAAAUGUCAAGCCUGUUUAUCACGUCGCUGGAUUGUGCUAUUAUGGAUUCAGAAAGGCGAGUCCUGUAAUGCAGCAAAAUGUAGAAUGAAGGUUUGAAUAGCAGCCUCUAUUUGCAGAUAACACACCAAGAAUUAAACUCCCAGGUGGCUUUGUGUCACAUAUCUCACACAGCUUCUGACAUCCAAGACGUUAUUUGCUUCUCGGCGUGGAUAUGAUAACACCGGAGUGUCUCUCUCUGGGCUUUGGACAGGACUGGGAAUUGGCAGGAGCUGAAUAGACAGACGAGAUGCGUCCCCCUGGGCAGAGGCGUUGAGAGUGUGUGAACAUCCCUAUACCCUACUUCAUUCAUUGUUUGUGACAAAGUAUGUAUGUGUGAUGAGAUGUGUGUGAGCAUGUGAGUGUGGCCCCCUGGCGUGUUGGAGUGGGAACAGGAAGGUGGAGUUUUGUCACCUUACGUUCUCACAUGUCCAGGUCAGUUAAGUUACAUGAGGCUGUCUGUCCGGUGUCUGGAAGGAAAGUUGCGACUGUCUCGAAAAACAUGAGCAAGAUCUGGACCUUACUUGUGUGUUUGGAGGUCGUGCGUUUUGCUGUUCCUGGUUCGGCACAGAAUUCAUCCAGUCCGACACUGUUCCUGAUCUCAGGUCCAGAGGUGUUGCACGCUGGUACAUGGACUCAGCUGGCCGUCACUGUUUUUGCUGACUUUCCUGGCAGGGUGACAGCCGAAGUGACACAUGGUGACACGAAAGUGACCCAAACGGAGGACUUUCAAGGAGGUUUGACCAGUUUCAUCACUCUUCCCCCUAUUCCUGGCUUCAUAACCCAGAAUUCCCUCUUAAACUUGACGUUGAGGGGCUACAGGGAGGACACUCUCAUUUUCACCAACACCACCACCCUCUGCUUCGACCUCAGGAAUGUCUCCUCCGUCAUCCAAACCGACAGAUCACAUUAUGAACCUGGGAACACCGUCAAAGUCAGAAUUGUCGUCAUUCAGUUGGAUAACCGGCCAUACAAAGGCAGAGUGGAUAUCUCUGUAUGGGAUCCCAGUGGGAAAGCCGUUGACAGGUGGGAGUCCACAGGGAAUCUGGGGAUUGUGUUGCAGGAAUUCACUUUAUCCCAGAUGUCUCCUCUUGGACGGUGGACGAUCACAACCACAGUCAAUGGUGUGACUGAUGAGAAAGCAUUCAUAGUGGAGCAUUACGAGCAUCCUCAUUUUGAAGUGUUGGUGAAGAUGCCUCCACAGAUCCUCGUUGGAGAUGACAUCACAGGAUCAGUGAGAGCGCUUUAUCCCAGUGGACAACCUGUCCAUGGAACAUUAGUUGUUUCAGUUAUCAUGGACGAUGCCUCUCCGUUCCUACUAACACAAACUAAAGAGAUUUAUGGGUCAACACAGUUUUCUUUCAGUGAAGAUCAGCUUCAGGCUCUACACACUACAUCAGCAUUUAGCAGCAAUAACCAUGUCACUGUACACAUUGCUGCCUGUGUUAAUGACAGCUCCACAGGAAUUAAAGUGAACAAAACAGUUGAAGUCCACCUGAUGAAGAACAUGUUCCAGCUUAUGUUCCACGAUUUUCCACCCACACUGAAGCCAGGUUUACACUUCUUCACAAACCUUAGGAUCUCAAGAUAUGACAGAACACCACUCAGCGCUUCAGACCACAUACACUUUGCUGUGGUUGAAGUCACUCAGAGAACCUCCAUGAUGAAUGCAGAAACUACAACUCUGACUCUUCCUGUGCCCGAGGAUGGAGACGUCCACAUUCAGUUUAGAUUACAGGAUCAAGUAGUGAUGAUUUUUAUUCGAGCCACAUUCCAGUCAAGUGAGGAGACUUUGAAGGUUUACACCAACUACUCCUCUCCUCGUGGAUCAUAUAUUCAGAUCUCCCCAAUUAGCGCCUUAUCUGCACAGAUCGGAUUGCCUUUUGGACUAAACGUGGAGAGCACCUUUCAACCAUCGGAGCUUCACUUUGUGGUGAGCUCUCAAGGUCAAGUGGUGUCUGCUGGAACAUCGAACUCCCUCUCAUUCUCUGUGACACCAGCGCUGUCCUGGUCCCCUGAGGCCUGUGUCACUGUCUACUGCAUCGUUUCUGACGGAGAGGUCGCCACUGACACAGCACGCAUACCCAUCAAUCACCACAACUAUGUAUCUCUAAACUGGAGCAGUGACCGGACCCAGCCAGGUGAGGAGGUAUCGCUAACUGUAACUACUCUUGAAUCCAUGUCCCGGGUUGGAAUCGUAGUACUGGGGAAAGGACACGAAGAUUCUCAGGAGUUUGACAUGGACGUCAAAACUGAACAGGAAUGCAAUCUCAGGAUGCUGACCAAUGCAAGACUGUAUAAGAAAAAGCAGCCUGAUGGAGAUAAAAAUGGGUUUUCAGAGGGAGACGUCCUGAUGAUACAGAAGUACUGGAGACACUUGAUGAAUGUCACUGAAUCCUUCUUGUGGUUAGACACUGCUGUAAGUGAGAAAACAUGGACAAGUGACAAAAUAACAGUGCCUGAUGGUGUUACCUCUUUGAGAGCAUAUGCGCUGGUGAUGUCAGAGAAUCUGGGUUUGGGUUUCACUCCUGAACCCCAAAAGCUGAUUGUGUCCAAAGAUUUCUCCUCGUUUCUGGAUGUUCCACCACAUCUCAUCAUAGGAGAGGAGAUUGUCCUGCAAGUGAACAUCAUCAACCAUUUAGUGCAGGACAUAGAGGUCAUUGUGCUGCUAGCACAGAGCGAGACCUUUGAGUUUGUUUUGACAGACCGAAGGGGUGCGUCUGUUAUAAAUGCACAAAAACUCACCUUGGGGAGUCAUGCGUCUGCUUCAGCACUAUUCCCUAUAAAGCCUUUGGCUCCAGGCGAGAUGGAAAUAUCUGUGGACGCUGUAUCUGCAGACGGCUCAGACAGCCUUACUCGGAGAGUGAUGGUGAAGCCUGCAGGAAUUGAACAGACCUUCUCACAGACUCUGUUCUUGGAGCUGGAACCAGGCAAGUACAACAGUUCCAGAUCCGUCUCCUUCUAUCCAGCAGAUGUGGUACCGGGCAGCCAGAGGGCCUCCGUGGUGUUGGUCGGUGAUAUCUUGGCUUUGUCCAUUAACAACUUGGAUUCGCUGAUUCAGAUGCCUAUUGGAUGUGGGGAACAGAACAUGAUCCGCUUUGCUCCAAGUGUUUAUGUUCUCCAGUACCUGGACAAGUCGACCCAGGAUAACGCAGAGAUCAGGAGCAGGGCUCUGGGCUCCAUGAUGGAUGGAUAUAAGAGACAGCUGUCCUACCAACGAGACGACGGUUCAUUCAGCGCUUUUGGAACCAGUGACACUGCUGGCAGCACAUGGCUGACAGCCUUUGUGCUGCGCUCCUUCCUCCAGGCUAAGCCCUACGUCCAGGUAGACCAGAGCGUCGUGUCCAGAGCCAUGACUUGGCUCUUCAAGCAGCAGGGACCUCAGGGGGAGUUCAGGGAAGCGGGCAGGUUGAUCCACACAGAGAUGCAGGGAGGGCUGGAUAAUGGCCCAGUGGCGCUCACUGCUUAUGUACUGGUGGCGGUUCUGGAGGACGAGGCCUAUGCAGAGAUAUACCGAGACAAUGUGUCUCUGGCCCAGAAGUACCUGGAGAACCAAGUGUCCAGUGGUGUUGUCAGUAACUACAGCCUAAGUCUGGUGGCUUAUGCUUUAGCCCUGAGAGGCAGUACGGUAGCUGGCACUGCCCUCACUGAGCUCAACAGCAGAGCUGACUACAGAGAUGGAGUCAAGAUGUGGAGAUCCUCUGCUGGCCUGAGGUCACGUGACUGGCAGCCCCGAUCGGUGCAGAUUGAGAUGACCUCCUAUGUGCUGCUGGCUCUAUUUAGGCGGGGCAGCUUUAUUGAGGGCAUCAAGCUUAUGAAGUGGUUAAGCAUGCAAAGGAACCAUCUAGGGGGCUACGGGACAACACAGGACACCAUCGUUGCCCUUCAGGCUCUGGCUUGCUAUGCUGCGUUCAGUGGUGCCAACGCCAUAGACCUCAGGUUUAAUAUAUCUACCCCAGCAUCUUCCUCACUCUUUCGAAUCAACUCCACCAACUAUCGAGCGUAUCAAAGCCAAGAGAUUAAUGCUGAAAAAGAUCCACAUCUAAAUAUAUACAUGGAAGGAAGAGGAUUUGCCUUAUUUCAGCUGAAUGUGUUUUAUCACCUGGAGAGCAGAGCGUUUUCACAAAACCUCCAGCAAGCCAGAGGCGAGGAAGCAUUCUCAUUAGAUGUUGACGUUAUGGAUGACAGUGACCACAGUCACAUGAUGUUGUCUAUAUGCAUAAGAUUAAAGGACAAUCAGGUGAUACCUCAUACAGGUAUGGCUAUAUUGGAUGUGGGCAUGCUCAGUGGUUUCACUCUCUCCCCUGGAGCUGCUGUCCUGGGAAAUCUUAUCAGGAAGGUGGAGGAAUGGCCUGAGAAAGUCAGCCUGUACCUGGAUUCAAUUACUAAGUCAAAGGUUUGCAUCAUACUUCCUAUUGUGACAAAUUACAAAGUGGCCCAUGUACAGGAUGCCGUGGUGCAGGUUUACGACUACUAUGAACCCAGCAGAAAAGCAACCGCUACAUACAAUCCACGUUUUCUUCACAGCGUGGACUCCUGCUUCUUCUGUGGUGCAAACUGUGCUGACUGUAGGCCAGGAAUCACCAUCAUUGUGUCCUCUGCAAAUUACUCUACUAGUAGCAGCAUCUAUAGCCUAAGUUGUCUAUUUCUGGGACUCGUGUCUUUCCUUGUUGUAGUGUGAUUAGAUGGAGUUUAAAACAGUACACAUAUAUUGAGAGAAAUAGCUUUAGUAUUUACACACAUUGAGAUGCACUGGAUGCAUGUUUCUUUUAUGCAAAAGUUCAUAUUUCUUGACAGAUGACUGUAAUAUUUAGGGGAUUGUUCACACAACGCUCUGUUGCUCAGUGCACAGUGGAGCCCUCUACUGUUUACAAUGUGUUUUGUAUGCUUUUUGAAAAGAGGAGAGUCAGAAAUGAUUGUCCUUGGUAACUUUGUACCUGUUCAUUAUGUAACCAGCCUAUUUUUUGGUUUGAUACAUUAUAAACAAAUAAAUAUGGAUUUGUACUUACUUCUUAAA